AUGGCAGACGCCCAGAAGCAGAUUCAGGCGCUCAGCGAAGAGUAUCAGAAACUUCAGACUGAGCUCGAAGAAGCUAUCGCAGCACGAGAGAAGCUAGAAGCCCAGCAGCAGGAAAAUACCAGCGUGCAGAAGGAGUUUAAAACGCUAGACGAAGAUGCGAACAUAUAUAAACUCGUUGGACCGGUAUUGUUGAAGCAGGAUAAGACAGAAGCGGUAAUGGCGGUCGAUGGUCGUCUGGACUUUAUAGAAAAGGAAAUCAAUCGAAUCGAGAAGCAAAUCGCUGAGAUACAGGAGAAGAGCGAAAUGAAGAAGGGAGAGAUCAUCCAAUUGCAAUCUCGAAUGCAACAACCACAGGCAGGCGGAGCUCCUGUAGCUGCUUGA